UGUAUGGUGGCAUGUAAAUGCAACAAAAACAAAAUUUCUCUUUUAUUUCUCAGACCACCCGCGUCUCCCUUUCAGAUUACCGCCGCUCAGAACCCUAGAAACCCUAGUCAUGGCGGAACACGACCUAACCUCCCGCAUUGCCCCUCAACUGGACCGCCAUCUCGUCUUCCCGCUCCUCGAAUUCCUUCAAGAACGGCAACUGUACGCCGAUGACGAGAUCCUCAAAGCGAAGAUUGACCUUCUUAGCCAGACCAACAUGGUCGACUACGCGAUGGACAUACACAAGAGCCUUUACCGCACAGAGGAAGUUCCGCAAGAGAUGCUGGACAGGAGGGCGGAAGUGGUCGGGAGAUUGAAAUCUUUGGAAGAGGCGGCUGCGCCGCUGAUCUCGUUCCUUCAGAACGCUGCCAACGUCCAGGAGUUGAGACCGGAGAAAUUGUACAAUCUCCAGAUGCUGAAUGAUCGUUUUCAGAUUGGUCAAGAGCAAAUUGAAGCUUUAUAUCAAUAUGCAAAAUUCCAAUUUGAGUGCGGAAACUACUCGGGCGCUGCAGACUACUUGUAUCACUAUCGAGCUCUCUGCACGAAUAGUGACAGAAGUUUGAGUGCUCUUUGGGGCAAGCUCGCUGCGGAAAUUUUGAUGCAGAAUUGGACCGUUGCUCUUGAGGAACUUAACCGUUUGAGAGAAAUAAUUGACUCAAAGAAUUUUGCAUCUCCUCUUUAUCAGCUGCAGAAUAGAAUAUGGUUGAUGCAUUGGAGCCUUUUUAUCUUCUUCAACCAUGAAAAUGGAAGAAAUGGAAUUAUUGACCUCUUUUUCCAGGAUAGGUACUUGAAUGCUAUUCAGACAAAUGCAAACCAUCUCCUACGUUAUGUUGCGACUGCUGUCAUUGUUAGCAAAAGAAGAUGGAAUAUGAUUAAAGAGCUUAUCAAAGUUAUUCAACAGGAAAACCAUGUGUACAAAGAUCCAAUUACAGAAUUCCUCGAGUGCUUAUAUAUAAAUUACGACUUUGAGGGUGCACAAAUAAAGCUUCAGGAGUGCGAGCAUGUGAUUCUUAAUGAUCCCUUUCUUGGUAAGCGAGUGGAAGAUGCUAACUUUUCAACUGUACCAUUAAAGGAUGAAUUCCUCGAAAAUGCUCGGCUUUUCAUCUUCGAAACUUACUGCCGCAUUCAUAGAUGCAUUGAUAUUGGCAUGCUUGCAGAGAAGCUGAACAUGAAUUAUGGUGAGGCAGAGCACUGGAUUAUUAAUCUUGUUCAAAAUGCAAAACUAGAGGCUAAGAUUGAUUCCGUUUCUGGGACUGUUCUAAUGGAGACCAGCAGUGUAAACGUAUAUGAACAAUUAAUAGAGACUAUGAAGAAUCUAAACACACGGACUUACAUGCUGGCAAGGAGUCUGGCCGAUCAAGCAGCACAAUCUGCACGUUAACAUUAGCUUUUUGCAGUACAAAAGCAUUGUAUUAUUUUUUCGAAUUUCUUUGAGUUAAGAUGUUAGGCCUCAUGAAACUGGCAAAGUUGUGGCAUACAUUUUAAAAUAUUUUCCUUGUCUGGCUAUAAUUUUAUUAUUUUUAAUUUUA